ACUUUUGUGAGGGAAGGUGGGAAACGCGAGAAAAUGACAAGCUCUGUGAAAUCUGUUGUGGUUUGGGAGUGGAUGAACGAGUAUGGUCGAUGGCGGCCUUAUGAUCCACAUAUAGCCAACUUUAUCGAAUCUAGCUACAGAAAAAGUCCAUCAGUGCAAGUAAACUUGGGAAAUGUGACUCCAAAUAUGGGAAUAUACUCUAUAGAUUUUCUAACUAUGUGCCAAGUUAGGUUCGGAACAGGAACUGCACGACCAGUUCGGCGCCAGCUGUACCCAGACACGAGUCCUCCAGGGAAAGGCAUCAUAUGGCAGUGGGAGGGGGAUAAUCGGGGUCAGUGGAACUCUUUUGACAUGGAGGUAGCUUGUCUUCUGGAGGAACACUUUUCUAACCCAGCCAAUAGAAACAAAGAGUUGAAUCUCACAAAGACAGCUGUCAAACUUCCAUACAUUAUGGACUUCAGUAACAUGACUCAGAAGCGAAUUGAGACGGGUCGGCUUCGAAUGAUCAGACGUGAAUUACUGCCCAUGCCAUAUUUGAAUUCUAGUCCAUCUGAUGGAAUUCCAUCAAGUUCAGCGACAGUGAAUGGUCCAACUAGCCGUACUGUCAAUUGUCAGUUUAGUGGUCAAAGUACCACAAAUAGUCAGCCUAGUAGCUCUAGUAGUACUAAUGGUCAGUUAAGUGGUACCAGUACUUUGAAUGGACCUAGUUGUGCUAAACGACAGAGAGUUUCAGGAAAUGGACAGUUUAUCUCAAAUCCUGUAUCAAGUAAUACAGCAGGGCCUUUGACGAGGAAAAGAUUAUACACUCACAUGACUCAAAACUCAGCCCCACCUACCUCUGGUCACCUGAAUUCUCUGUCUCAAAUUCACACCAAUCAGACUACUCAUCCAGUGCCUCAAUCUCAGCAAUUAUCCAAUCAGAGUAGCCAGAGCAUGCAGGUUCCACAGACUUUAACCAAUCACAAUAGCCAGAGCAUGCAGAUUCCUCAGAAUUUAACCAAUCAGAUGCCUGUUCCAUCUGGUAUCUUGGCCAGUGGCUUUGUCCCCCACAGUAGUGCGUUCCAGCGAGCAGUCAACUUCCUUCAUUCAAAUAUCUCCCAGAACUCCAGCUUACCCAUCCACUCCCACAUUUCGGCCAGAAUGGGGCUGUCAGGUGGGGGAUCCAGCAAUGUCACCUAUCACAACAUGCACAGUUUAAACAGUCAAUCUGUGGGUGGAUCAAACAGCAGCGCAGGGAUGACAAGUUCAGGUGCCAAUGUUCUGACGUACCCUCCCAAUUCUCUGGCUCCCCACGGCCCCCCAUCAGCUGAUCCCACCACAUCUGGGGCCUCCGGGGGAGACGCUGGUUUUUAUCUACCCCCAAAAGACAACAUUCCAAAUAAUGUGGCCAAGCAAACAAUCCAUUCCACAGGUACUUGGGCUGGUUGUGAAGUGUUUGAAAAUUAUGUGUCAAUCCUGGACAGUCCCCCUGACGAUGAGGAUUGCUGUAUAUGCUGUGAGAAGCUGACCCACCCCUCGGGUUAUGGUGAAGGAAAAGCGGACGAGAAGGUUGUGUUCAAACUCCGGAAAUGUGCUCACAUGUUUCAUAAGCUCUGUAUUCUGGCUAUGUAUGAGAGCACCACAAAGAAUGGUUCUGUUCAAUGUCCUACAUGUAAAACAAUAUAUGGAGAGAAACAUGGAAACUGCCCUGAUGGUGUAAUGGAAUAUCUGACUCUACCCCACUCAUUACCGGGCCAUGAGGGCCACCAAACAAAGAUCAUCAUAUAUCACAUAGCCCCAGGGAUCCAGGGCCCAGAACAUCCCCACCCCGGGAAACGCUACACCUGUAGGGGGUUCCCCAGGGUGUGUUACCUCCCAGACAGCGAGAAAGGUAGAAAGGUUCUGAAGUUGUUGAUAGUUGCCUGGAAGAGAAGACUGACCUUUACGAUCGGUCACUCGACCACGACGGGAGAAUCGGACACCGUGACGUGGAACGAGAUACACCAUAAAACGGAGUCAGGAAGGAAUCAUUCAGGGCAUGGUUACCCUGACGAUAAAUAUCUGGACAAUGUGUUAAUGGAGUUAAAUGUUCAGGGUGUUACCGAGGCAGAUCUGAAGUCAUAAAGAUUGAUAUUACCAUGGUAACCAAGGCUGACAUGAUGUCAUAAGUAUAAUACAUGUAUCACCAUGGUUACCAAGACUGACAUGAUGUCAUAAGGAAUAAUAUUACUAUGGUUACCGUGACUGACUUGAUGUCAUAAGGAACAAUAUUACUAUGAUUACAGAGACUGACAUGAUGUCAUAAGGAACAAUAUUACUAUGGUUACCGAGACUGACAUGAUGUCAUAAAGAACAAUAUCACCAUGGUUACCAAGGGAGAUCUGAAGUAGAAUAUCACCAUGGUUAUCAAGGCUGACCCAAUGUCAUAAAGAACAAUAUCACCAUGGUUACUAAGGCAGAUCUGAUGUCAUAAAGUACAAUUUUGGGAUGGUUACCAAGACUGAUCAUAAGCUACAAGCAAUAAUACCUUGGUUACAUAGGUAGAUGUGAUGUCAUAGACAAUAUUACUAUGGAUACACAGAUAGAUUUUAUUUUACAAACAAUAUUACAUUGGUUACAGAGACCGAUUUUAUUUCACUGACAACAUUACUAUUAUUUUCUAAAAUGAUAAUCUGAGCGUUUUUUGGUAGCAGAGAUUGUUAUCAUGAGUAGAGUGUUGUAGAUAUACACUGUAUUAAGAUUUCUUGUUAGAAGACGACCUUGAUGCUUGUUAUUGUUUCACUCAUGUUGCUAUGGU